UGAUGUCAUAUAUGAAGUCAUGUAAGGAAAUUAUUAAAAUAUACUUCAUCAAAAUAUAGUCAUUCAUUUAACAGAAAUGAAUGAUAUAACGCAGCUAUAUAUUUUGCUCAUUUUAAUCUCAGUUUCUGGAUGUUCAGUCUUCAUCGGAUUCCCAGAAAGUAGCUGGGCAACUAGUUCAGAUGUGUGCUCUCUUCCAGUGAUAGAAAAGAUAAACACCACUGUCAUAUCUAAUAAAUCAUCAAAUUACAUGGAUUAUAAGAAAGCAGAAAAAGCUUGGACUGGAACAGUAAUUAAAUACACAAAAUGGGCUGCGUUUAUAGGAUGUGGCAGAAGUUUUUCACCUAUGGAUUCUGGGAUAAGUGUAAAAACGACUGAAGAUUGUUUAAGACAUUGUACUGAUGAUGCAUCUACUACCUACUUUAUAAUUAAGAGCUCUAGAUGCUACUGCCUUACUUAUAAACCUGUAAUUAACAUAGGUGACAUAAAUGACUGCAGAACAAAAUGUAGCAAUGCCAGCUACACUCCUUGUAGUUCCGGUCGGUCAGCUCUGGUGUUUACAUUUGUUGAAGAUUUAAACAUAGAGUCAACAAAACAGUAUAUAGAAAAAGAGUGUCUAACAACAACCAAAGACAAAAGCAAGUAUUUGAUCCGUGACUGCAAUGCAACAUAUUUAUUUGGAUGUAAAAAUACGUCAUCUGAGUUGAUACCCAAGUCAUGGUAUGAAUAUCAAGAGUUUUGUUUGAAACAGGGAAGUUCCGUACUGUACAAAAGAAAUACAAUAGGAAACAAGGCUAAAGCAGGCAUUUCUUAUUGGACUCCGAUUUUUAGGUCACAUACCGUGGUUAAUGGAAAACACACAGGAAAAGAAUUUUGUCUUGCCGUCUCAAAUGUGGAAUCGAAAUAUUUUAUUGUUGAAAAUUGUACAUUUCAGUUUCCCUUCCUAUGUUCAGGAGAUCAAAUGAAGAAUAUGAUCGAUAACAGUAAAUCAAAUGAAAGGUAUCCACGUUACAUAACUCUUCCUUUACCUGUGUUUGUUGCUGGUGGAAUUUUCAUCUUACUACUUUUGAUGAUUAUUAUAGUUCUAUUCUGCAAAUUGAAAAAGAGAAGACAUCCUUUAUUAAUUUUUUCGAAUGAAAUGAAAGAUGGGUUUCCGCGCGCUGCACUACCAUCCAAUAAAGUAGGACUCCGCGAUACUUACAUUGAUGCAAGUGAUGCUCCAACACGACCUUGGGCUGGAAGUUACAAUGAUGUUUAUGAUGAUGUUCACAAGGGUUUUAUAAUCAAACUUAAUGAUAAUUCAUAUGACAACCUACUAUUCCGGAUAUUGAUGAAAACAAUUUACUGUACAUAUCAUAAUUUUGUAUUUAGGAUGUUUUCAUUUUUCAAGUUAUAUUUAACAACCACAAAGACAAAUUGAUAGUUCAUAAAGUUUUUUAAAUGAUAUUUGUUGUUGUCCUUAUUAUCCGUCAGGUGAUUACAAGGCAAAUAAAUAGACAUUUUUUUACCCACCACGUCAUGGUAUUCAAUAUUUAAAAAAGUAUAUUAUGCCAUUUGGCUAUAAGAACUUUGUUGACAUUAUCCUAAUCUUAUAUCUUAUAGAAUGGAAAUCAGUUAAAUUAACAUCUUAAUUUGUUCACAUGUAAUUGAGUUAAAUAGAGUUCAACUUACACUUUAAUAUAGGCAAUUUUAUUUUUUAAAUGAAGGAUAAAAAGAAAUGUUAUUAUAAUAAUAAAAAAUCGCUUGAUUUCUGAACUACGAAUAUAUGAGAUGUCGGGGAUGAAACAGCAACGAUUAAAAUCUUCAACACAAAAGAUGUAUCUAUACAACAUGCCAAGCUCAAAACGUCCCGAAUCUAACUAAGUUGAGACUUAUCUUAACAGAAACUAGGAAGGUAUGACAUCAUCACCAAACUCUACAGAGAGCAACAACGUUUUAAUUACGACACAAGAAAUCCACUAACGAGACUCCCAAACAGGCAUAUGAACAUGCAGCGGGAACAAUUUGUUUUAUGUAACGCCAUAAAAUGCAUAAUGGUGAUGACUACAGAUCGAGUUUGUGGCAGGGUCCAGAUGAUUAAUUUUUGGCAGAGUUAAUGCUCAUUGACGUUGAAAAUUUCAUGAUAAUUAUACUUAUCAACAUUUUUUGUAACGCCUGCUGAUCUGAAUCUGAUUUUUUGGAACUCAGUACAUACUAAGACUUAUUAAAAUUUCGGUUGAACAACUUUUCCUUUUCAAAAAUGCAUAAUGAAUUUUAGUUACGCAAUAUGAUAUUAGACACACUAUAAACUCAUGAACACAGUGUUGUCAGUGCAUGUUUCUGAAACACCCCAACCUCAUUCGAAUUUAAAGAAAUGCAUAUCUAGCAAUAAGGCAGCUGCGGUGACAUUUGUGUCGCAACUCCUCAUUUAAACUUCAAUCAGCGGACUUAAAAUAAGUACAUGCAAGUACAGGAUAGGUACUGAACACUAAACCAUGGCAAAAAAACGUACAAACUAGAAAUCCUGUCAGCAAAGCUCCAAAAAUGAUACCUCGCCCCAACAUAAAUGAAUUGCUAGUUGAUUACACUUUGAAAUGAAACUCGAUCAGUCAUGAAAAAUAUUUAACAAUAGGUACAACAAAUCUAUUCACUUCCUAUAUUUGACGUUCCGUUGGCCGAAAUUCAGAAUGUCUGAAAACAAGUAUUAACAUUUGUCCUCGGAUUUUAAUUUGCAUGAGCAAUACGAUCAGUGCGAUAGGUGAUAAAAGGGGUUCGUGUGGAUUUUGCAUUAGUUUUCUGUGUUGACCAUUUGUGAUGUUUUUAUUUCAUGUCUUGGCUGUUUCUAUAUGUAACUGUUAUCCUUUCAAUCUUAUACAUUCGGUCAUAAAAUUAAUUAAUUUAUUUGUACGUACCGAUUUUUAAUAGAAAUAAUGUUUUUUUAGUAAGACGAGUUACAUUUAUUUCAAUCCUGGUAUCUAUGAUGAGUUUAUUUACCAAUCCGCUAUUAUAGGGUGCAAGAUGAACUUCAGCGCACAGGUGACGAAGAUGAUGCUACGCUUCCGGGUGCCUAAUUUCAUUAAUGAUUUCUAUUUUUGUCCGUCCAUCUUUAGUUUUUCUAUGUAAAAUAUUGAUUAUUUGUUAGUGUUCCUCCUUUUGGCUCGGGUGUUGUCUCUAUACUUGACUUAUUUUUUUCAAUUACAUCUUAUUUUUUCCCUACAAAACCUAGAUUUUCUUAUUUCGUUCUUAUCAGGAAAAAAUUUGUGACCG